AUGGCCUACGUUCCCCCACAGACGACAGCCGACGAAGCCAUGCGCACGUCGGCGAAGCGGACUGCCGACCUCUUCGGUGCGGAAUAUCUGAUGGUCACCCCCUCGACCCUGGCAGACGGUUCAAUCGGUGUGUCAUACCGACGGAAAGCUGAAUAUCAGGAUGUGAUGGAGCUGCCACCAGUACUGGCACAGAAACAGGCCAAGGCGGCGGCAGGGCGCACGAAACGGCCCAAGAUCCAAGCGCAGGCGCAGGCAUCAGCAGGAGACCAGAGUGGCGCGUCUAUGUCACUCGUUAAAAGGACACCGGGAGUGGGUGUGGCUGGUGGUGAGGAUCAGCCUAAGAGUCUGAUCCAGAGACCAUCGGCCACGAAACAGCAGCGCCCAGAUUGGCAUCCGCCGUGGAAGCUGAUGCGUGUGAUCUCAGGGCACUUGGGAUGGGUGCGGGCUCUGGCUGUGGAACCCAACAACCAGUGGUUUGCCAGUGGAGCGGGAGAUCGGACGAUUAAGAUCUGGAAUCUGGCAACAGGCGCGCUGCGUUUGACGCUCACAGGCCACAUUUCCACUGUUCGUGGAUUGGCAGUGUCCCCGCGACAUCCGUAUCUAUUCUCCUGUGGUGAGGAUAAGAUGGUCAAGUGUUGGGAUCUGGAGACAAACAAGGUCAUCCGGCACUACCACGGCCACUUGAGCGGAGUGUACACAUUGGCCCUCCACCCACGUCUCGAUCUGCUAGUCACCGGAGGUCGGGAUGGCGUGUGUCGAGUCUGGGAUAUGCGCACGCGGAGCAACGUUCAUGUGUUAAGUGGACACAAGGGCACUGUCGCCGAUAUCAAAUGCCAGGAGGCUGAUCCACAGGUCAUUUCCGGGUCUUUGGACGCCACGGUUCGGCUGUGGGAUCUCGCUGCCGGGAAGAGCAUGGGAGUCCUGACACACCACAAGAAGGGCGUGCGCGCUCUUGCUACUCACCCGCGAGAGUUUACCUUCGCCAGCGCGAGCACCGGUAGCAUCAAGCAGUGGAAGUGCCCUGAGGGUGACUUCAUGCAAAACUUCGAGGGCCAAAACGCCGUCAUCAAUUCCCUGGCUGUCAACGAAGAUAAUGUCCUUUUCUCUGGAGGAGACAAUGGGUCUAUGUCCUUCUGGGACUGGAAGACUGGCUAUCGAUUCCAGUCUCUCGACACCACUGCCCAGCCCGGUUCGCUUGACGCCGAGGCUGGCAUCAUGGCUUCCACCUUCGAUCGCACCGGUUUGCGUCUUAUUACGGGUGAGGCUGAUAAGACCAUCAAGGUUUGGAAGCCUGAUGAUGAGGCUACUGAGGAGACUCAUCCCGUCACCUGGGCUCCUACGCUCGGUAGACAGCGGUAUUGA